AAAUCAGAUUAAACUCAGAAUUUAAAAAGUAAUUGGAUUUAUUGUAAAGUAGAAUUUCUUUCUUUCAAUAUGACCGCUCAUCUGGCUAAUGUUUAUGCAUCUUUAUUACGGCGAUAUGGCGAAACAUAUACAUUACUAUAUACAAAACCUUCUACAUAUUUGACGAAAAUAGUUGGAGCUGAUGGAUUUGGCGGCAAAGUGGUAUUUAUUUAUCAAGAGAAUCGUAAUAAUAAAGCUGAUUAUGCUUCUCCACCGAAGUUGAUAUUGAAAAAAGAAGAUAAUGCAACAAAUGUCGACUUAGAUCUUACGGGUAGCCCAUUGAAAGAUGACUGUGUAGUGGAUGCUAUUGAAGACAUGUCUUUAAAUAUAAAGUUGUUGGCACAAAACCCUUGGCAAUUACAGGAAGAAUGCCAUAAUGGACUUAGUGUGGAGAAAGCCCGUGGUAUAAUAUGCAAAGAGGAAUUUCAAUGUGUAGAUCCUGAUGCAAAAGGUUCCAUAUGGAUACUUUGUAACGCCGCUGACAAGGAGAAAACCUUACUACUAGAAUAUGAAUUUAUUCCAGGCUUUUUCAGUCGCGGAAUAAUUACAUAUAAUGGGAUAGUACAUGUUAAUGAAGUAAACACGCAAUCGCUUAUGCGACAACAUUUGGCUCUUAUGAAUAAAUUAAACUCGCCGUCAGUGGAAACUUCUAUAGAGAAUAUAUAUCAGAUCAAACCUUACAUUUCUGUUCGCUGUGGUUGGACAUCUACAGCACCAUUGCCAUCCUUAAUAGAUCUAACAUCAUGUGAUGUUACUUUAAGUCAGACCUUUCGGGUUAAUGCUUGCAAUGACCUGACUGAAGAUUUUAUGAACCAGUUGCGUAUACUUACUGUAAUUAAGAAUGAUAUUACAGCUUAUAAAAAUUUGGAUAAUGCAGAUAUAGAGGCACGCAACGCAGCACUUGUCUACCGUUGUGGUUGUGGCAUUGAAAUGGAUGAACUGCGUGAAAAUAUAAGCAAAGCAGUUCGAGAAAUUUCUGGCUUCUGCGAGAUAGACUCUGCAGAGGACGGCUUCGAAUACGACAUUGAAUCAGUGAUACAACGCGUUAAAUUCAGGAAACCUAAAGAUCUCACAGACAAAUUAUGGGAUAUAAUGAAACGUUGCUCCUCAUAUAAAGAUUUAAAAAUGGCAUUUACAUUGCUCUUUAAAUGUGCUGCUCAUUGCAAUAUUGUGAAUACGCCAACCAACAAGAAUCGGCUAGCAGAAAUCAUUACCGAGGUUGCAAAUCGUCGUUUGGCCAUACCAUGCCUCACGGGCACUGAACCAUUAGAAUUGUUAUUGGAAAUUGGAUUGGAAAAGCUGUACAAAGACUAUGAGCUCAUAUUUGACGAAAGCAAAAUAUGUAGCGCCACCGAUUUGAAAGGCAGAAGUCUAUUUGAAUUGCGCCAUAAUGAUGAGAAUGGGACAAUGCCGAAUGUGCGCAUGUCACUGCGCAAUGCUGUGCGUCCGGACACGUUGGCGAUGCGCAAGACAUUGUUACAUAAUAAAACGAAAGGAGGUGAUAAAUUCGAGCACAAUGAAACGAUCGGAUUUAAGAACAGCUAUUUUGAAGAGACCGAGGUAGCUGAACGUCUGGCAAAACUGUUGCAAGUGCAUUGUGCUUUGGAGCAUAUGCUUAUGAUUCAUGUCAAUUUGAAUUUGAGCAAUGUUUAUAGCGAUGUAUGUGAGCAACUAUUGAGCAAGCCACCACGGUUUCUAGAUAAUAUUGAUGAGAGCUUAUCAGAUGAAAUUGAAAUUUCCUUGUCAGCGCAUGAUGUGCGUGACUAUUUGGAAGACAAAGAUCCGCAUGUGCGUCGUAUAUCGAUGCGUUCCAAAAACAAAUUACGUGAAAUAAAAUCGACUUUCUACUAUAGUAUGGAUAAUAUUUGCCCGCCAAAUAUAUCGGAAAAUUUUGAAACUGAUGAAAAAGUAAUCGGUAAAGAGAAUACAUACUACAGUUGGAUUUAUCGUAAAAUUAAGACAUUGCAUUAAGGGCUUAUAAAAGAGAAAGCAAUAAUUUGCGAUGGCAAAAUUUUGAUAAAUACAUAAUAAAAUAAAUGAAAUAUGAUAUGAAGUAUGUAACAUAUACAUAAUA